AUUAAAGUGUCAUGUAAAUGCAUCAUAAUGCUCAUUACAGACGUUCAGAUUUAUGGUAUUUUUUAAAAUUACAAAACCUCUUCAGACUGUAUUGUCUUUGGUACAGUAGCUACCGUUACUCAGUCAACCACAGGCAGCAGGGCAGGGGAAGGGAGGACUGACGACGAGGGAAAGUGGGGAGAGAGGAAGAACUCGUGGCCUGCCUGACCUACCACCAUAUAUUUUCAUGCGCAGAAACUGCACGAUCAAGAACACCUGUUUUUGGUCCCCCAAAACGACUCUGGCCCGGGCCUCACUCAGUCCGCGGUCUUGAGUUGGGUAAGCAGGGUGAUUGAAGCACGUCUAUCGGUGUCACAGCGCGUCUUUUCCACCAAGGAGGCAGUCAUGGGCGACAGCAGAGAUUCCCGCAGCCCAGACAGCUCCUCUGUGUCCUCCCCUCCCUCGGGCCUGCACUCACCCCCCCUGACCCCCACAGCUGCCGCCAUGACGUCUCUGCCGCCCUUCACCUCGGACGUCAACAGCCCCACCAGCAGCAUGGGCUCGCCCUUCUCUGUCAUCAGCUCCUCUUUGGGGUCGCCAUGCCUGCCCGGGACACCCUCGGUGGGCUACGGCCCCAUUAGCAGCCCCCAGAUCAACUCCACAGUGUCCAUGUCGGGGCUGCACGCGGUCAGCAGCUCGGACGACGUGAAGCCUCCGUUCGGGCUGGGGGGCCACAGCCCAGGGGGCCCCAUGCUCUCCCAGAAGCGCCUGUGUGCCAUCUGCGGCGACCGCUCCUCCGGUAAGCACUACGGAGUGUACAGCUGCGAAGGCUGCAAGGGUUUCUUCAAGCGCACGGUGCGCAAGGACCUGAGCUACACCUGCCGGGACAACAAGGACUGCCUGGUGGACAAGCGCCAGCGCAACCGCUGCCAGUACUGCCGCUACCAGAAGUGCCUGGCCUGUGGCAUGAAGAGGGAAGUGGUCCAAGAUGAACGACAGAGAUGUAAGGAGGAAAGAGGGAGGGAAGGAGUGAUGUCCGUGCAGGAAGAGCGCCAGAGGAACAAGGAGCGGGAGAGUGAGGCGGAGUCGACCAGCGCCGUCAACGAGGAGAUGCCCGUGGAAAAGAUCCUGGAGGCCGAGAUGGCCGUAGAGCAGAAGACCGAGGUGCAUGCCGACGGGACCUCCGAGGGCAGCUCGGUAAAUCCCAACGACCCGGUCACCAACAUUUGCCAGGCUGCAGACAAGCAGCUGUUUACCCUGGUGGAGUGGGCCAAGAGGGUCCCCCACUUCUCUGAGCUGGCCCUGGACGACCAGGUCAUCCUGCUACGCGCCGGUUGGAACGAGCUGCUGAUUGCCUCCUUCUCUCACCGCUCCAUCAGCGUGAAAGAUGGCAUCCUACUGGCCACCGGCCUGCAUGUGCACAGGAACAGCGCCCACAGCGCUGGCGUUGGAGCCAUCUUCGACAGGGAGAGUGCGCACAAUGCAGAGGUUGGGGCCAUAUUUGACAGAGUUCUCACUGAGCUAGUCAGUAAGAUGAGAGACAUGCAGAUGGACAAGACCGAGCUCGGGUGCCUCCGAGCCAUCAUCCUCUUCAACCCGGAUGCCAAGGGCCUGUCCAGCUCCAGUGAAGUGGAAUUGCUGAGGGAGAAGGUGUACGCAUCGCUGGAGUCCUAUUGUAAACAGAGAUACCCUGACCAGCAGGGCAGGUUCGCUAAGCUCCUCCUCCGGCUGCCAGCGCUACGCUCCAUUGGCCUGAAGUGCCUGGAGCACCUGUUCUUCUUCAAGCUGAUUGGUGACACCCCUAUCGACACAUUCCUCAUGGAGAUGCUGGAGGCGCCCCACCAGCUGACCUAGGAACCAGGUUCUGCUCUGGUCCAUCAGGGAUUCUAGUUCUGGCACCCUGGUUCUGGGACUUCACCAUGUCUGCUGGUUUUUGACGUCCCACUCACACAAACCCCACAACCCCUUCUUCACUCAUUAAAUCCCCCCCAAGCUGAUACAGCUCUCCAAAAGACCAUAUGCUGUCAAAAACAAACACACUUUCCAACACACACACAGAAACACAUACUUUUUUCACAGUAGGGGUUAAGACACAUGGAAAUAUCUCAUUUUUAACCCCAAGUUUUAUCAUGAGUUAGCCUUCAGUUUGUAGCCUUCAGUUUGUAGCCUUCAGCUUUGUGUGUAAACGCUUCUGCGAUAUCCGGUAGACCUCUUAGCUUCUUGUGGGGUUCGUAGGUUAUUCAGAUACAUUGCUGUACGCAUAGAUAUGACGAGUGGCUUACUCCCCCUUUGGUUUUACUCUUGGGUUUACCCCAAACCUGUCGUAAUCAGGUGUGUAAUAUUUCAAUCAAGUCUCCCAACUUUUCCAGCUUCUAUUGGUCGGGACACAACCAACGGAGGCAGACGCACCCCUCUCAGUUCACCAAUCCGAAUGUGAUUUGAAUACUAUGCUUUAUUCACGCUGAAAUGCGCUGAAUUUGUUUUGAAGUACUGUACUCAUAAAAUGAGACUUUUUUAAGGCAUUGAAAUCCAGGGAGGGGGCACUUUGAUUGGCCCUUCUUAAAGCUCACACCAGGCUUUCAAAGAAAUAAAGUGACUUAUAGGAUGUU